CACGUGGCAGUGCAGUCACGUGGUCAACGGCCAAGGCCGAAACUUCGAUCCGGUGGCGGACCUUUGGAUUGCUUUCAAGCCCUGUCCUCGUCCAACACCCUCGUCGCUCGACUCAUCCACGGCCCACCGUAGACCGUCGCUCCGGCCCGCACCCCUCGCCCGAACUCUCCAUUUCGCUGCCUCCUCUGCCAUGGGCGGCCUAUUAUCCUGCUUCGCCACCGAGCUGGCAUGCUGUUUCGGCAAGGCAGCUUGCAAGUGCUGCUUCAGCAUCUUUGGAGCCAGAAGCUCCAUUGCCACCCGCCUGGGCUAUGCCAGCAUGUUCUUGCUCACCGCUCUGACCUCCUGGAUCCUGCUCACCGACUGGGCCGGCAAGAAGCUCGAGUCGAUAUCGUACGGCUAUCUGAAGCUCAACUGCCCAGAGGGCUCAUGCUACGGCGUGCUCGCCGUGUAUCGGAUCUGCUUCGCAACGUCGCUCUUCCACCUGGCCAUGUCCGCGCUGCUCUAUCGGGUCCAGUCCUCUCGGGACUGGCGCGCCUCCUUCCAGAAUGGCUUUUGGGGCAUCAAGCUGCUCGCCUGGCUCGGCCUCGCCAUCCUCUCCUUCUUCAUCCCAAACCCGUUCUUUAUCGGCUGGGCCUCGGUCGUCGACAUGCCGGGCGCCGUCAUCUUCAUCCUGAUCCAGAUCAUUCUGCUCAUUGACUUUGCAUAUGUCUUUAGCGAGUAUUUGCUUGAGCAAUGGGAGGCAUCCGAGAGCAAGUGGUGGCUCCUGCUGCUCAUCGGCAUCACCGGCUCGGCAUUCAUCGGCACCAUCGCCCUGACCGUGAUCAUGAUGCUCUGGUUCGGCAAGGGUGGCUGCGGCCUCAACCAGUUCUUCAUCAUCUUCAACCUCAUUCUCUCUAUGAUCGCCACGGGUGUGUCGAUCCUGCCCUCGGUGCAGGACGUCAACCCGCGCUCCGGCCUGGCCCAGGCUGCCAUGGUCACCAUCUAUGCCACCUAUCUCAUCGGCAGCGCACUUUCGAGUGAGCCGCUUGAAGAGUUCAACGGCCAGUGCAGCCCCAGCAACGAGCAGAUGACCAACUCGACGGUCUUCCUGGGCACCAUCUUCACCUUCCUCGCUUUGUGCUAUUCAACCUCCGCCGCUGCGACCCAGAACAUGGCCGGUGGCAGCGCUGACGACGGCUCGACUCUCCCCCUCGUCGGCGGCCGCGACCAUCUCUCCGAUGCCGUCCAGGCUGGUGCCAUCUCUUCCCGGGAGCUCCAUACCUCUGACGAUGAUGACGACGACGAUGGCUGUGACGACGAACGCGACGGAGUCCAGUACAACUAUUCGCUCUUCCACAUCGUCUUUUUCUUGGGUGCUUGCUAUCUGGCAAUGCUCUUGACCAACUGGAACUCGGUCAAUUACACCAACAAGGACGAGAUUGCCACCGUCGGCAAGAGCAUGGUAUCCGUCUGGAUGAAGGUCAUCUCGAGUUGGCUGGUGCUGCUGCUUUACAUCUGGACUUUGGUCGCUCCGAUGGUCCUGACGGAUCGGGAUUUCUAGGCACAAGGCAGGUCGGCACUGGUUAUUGUCUCGGGUAGGUCCCUCGACGCUGUGCCUCCGAACUGAUCAGACAUCAAGCUCAAUCACCUCCCCCUUCGUGGCGACACUGCACUGCCUGCGAAGGUCGGGCGACCCUGGCGUUGUGGGCUGGUUUUGACGAUGUGCAAACCUCCUAUACUCUACCCUCAGGAGAAUGCGGGACACUGUUCCGUUUCAGCUGAGCAUGUAUGUAGUUUUUGAAAGCCCAGGUCCAUUGAAUAAAGAAAUACCUCGAUAAUCCCCGAG